AUGACGGCUGACGUGAAACAGCUGGAGGCAGAGGCCUCGUCGCUGCGACGAAUUGCCUUCGUCGGCGUCUCCAUCUCGACGGUGGCCACCCUCGUGUGCGUCCUCUCGGUCCCGAUGCUCUACAACUACCUCCAGCAGAUGCAAUCCGUCAUGCAGUCGGAAGUUGACUUCUGCAAGUCUCGAUCGUCCAACAUCUGGAGGGAAGUGACGAGGACUCAGGUUAUGGCCAAGCUCUCCGGGGGCGUGCGCGGCAAGCGUCAGGCCGGUUACGGUAGCUCCACCGGUGUUGAGGGAGGCUCUUUCGACGCUGCUCCGGCCAGCGGAUGCUGCGGAUGCGGACAGUCCCCACCUGGACCCCAGGGACCCCCCGGUCCCGAUGGAGAUGAUGGACAGGAUGGACAGCCCGGAUACCCCGGACAGGACGGACCUGAUGGACCUCAGGCCACCCCCGCCCCUCAGCCCGACUGGUGCUUCGACUGCCCCGAAGGCCCGGCUGGACCCGCCGGAAACGCCGGACCCAAGGGACCCUCUGGAAACAACGGACAACCCGGCCAGUCCGGCCAGCCCGGCAACCCCGGCGGCAAGGGACAGCCCGGACCCCAGGGACAGCCCGGCCAGAACGGUCAGCCCGGAAACCGUGGCCAGCCCGGCCAGCCCGGUCGCAUCAACGAGGUCCCCGGCCCCAACGGACCCCCCGGCCAGCCCGGAUCCCAGGGACAACCCGGACCCAACGGACCCCCCGGCCAGAACGGAAACCCCGGACAGGACGGCCAGCAAGGACCCCAGGGAGAUAUGGGCAACAACGGACAGCCCGGCAACCCCGGACCCGACGGAAACCCCGGCCAGGAUGGAGCCGUCGGCCCAUCCGGUGGAUGCGACCACUGCCCACCCCCGCGAACUGCCCCUGGCUAU